UACGACACAGCUAGCUGCUGCUGCGCCGAACUGGUUUCGACCGGUUUUUAUUCGCCAAAAAUUUCCAUCACUCGAGACGCCGAAUUCGUCGGAUGAAGAUCGAAGCUGGAUUUACUCUGAAAUAACUUAAUUUUAAAUGGCUGAAACAUCCUCGAAUCGCCAGAUAAAAUAGAUAAUUAAUGAAAUGAAAGCUUGAUUCACGAAUGUUUUAGUGUAAGCGUCGUGUAGUAUCCAGGUUAGCAAUUUACAGAGCAGAUAGUUCACGUGGGUUCUGCACUCGUCUUCGGCGGACGACGGCCAGCAGCGGAGAGCCACCAUAGCAAGCAUUCGCUCUAAUCCAGACUUCUUGUGUAGGUGAAUCAAUGCCUUCACAGAGCAUGGCAACGUUGGCUGAGCAGGCUGCAAAGCUGCUCGACUUUAGUCAGAAGCUUGACAUCAACCUCCUGGACACAGUUGUUGGUGCCAUGUAUAGUGGAGAAGGCCCAGAACAACAAAUGGCCCAGCAAAUAUUGACAAGUUUGAAGGAGCAUCCUGACGCAUGGACAAGAGUCGACACCAUACUUGAAUUUUCCAGCAAUCAACAAACCAAGUACUAUGGAUUACAGAUUCUUGAGAAUGUCAUCAAGACUCGUUGGAAAGUUUUACCUCGCACUCAGUGCGAGGGAAUCAAGAAGUACACAGUCGGACUCAUCAUCAAGAUAUCAUCAGAAAAGGACCUGGCUGAGAAGGAAAAGGUCUAUCUUGGGAAGUUGAACAUCAUCUUGGUCCAGAUCUUAAAACACGAAUGGCCAAGGAAUUGGCCGGCAUUCAUCAGUGACAUUGUCGGGGCCAGCAAAACCAAUGAAUCUCUGUGUCAGAACAACCUUGCCAUUUUAAAGCUCCUCAGUGAAGAGGUGUUUGAUUUCUCCAGUGGGCAAAUGACCCAGGCCAAAGCUAAACAUCUCAAGGACAGCAUGUGUAAUGAGUUCUCCAGUGUAUUCCAAUUGUGUCAAUAUGUUAUGGAUAAUUCUCAGAAUGCCUCCCUCGUUGGAUCAUGUCUUGAAACGUUACUGCGAUUUCUCAACUGGAUUCCCCUGGGCUACAUAUAUGAAACAAAGUUGAUCAGCACUUUGAUAUACAAGUUUCUCAAUGUGCCAAUGUUCAGAAAUGUCACGCUCAAGUGCCUGACGGAGAUUGCUGGUGUGAAUGUCAGCCAAUAUGAACAGCAGUUUGUUGUGCUCUUCACUCUGACCAUGACACAACUGAAACAGAUGCUCCCUCUCGAUACAGACAUAAGGCAAGCUUAUGCUAACGGUAGGGAUGAAGAGCAGAAUUUCAUCCAGAAUCUCAGUCUCUUCCUCUGUACGUUUUUCAAGGAACAUGUGGAACUUAUUGAGAAGAAACCAGAGUUUCAUGAAAUUCUCCUUGAGGCACACCACUACCUCCUCCUGAUUUCUGAGGUGGAAGAAACAGAAAUCUUCAAAAUCUGCCUGGAGUACUGGAAUACCUUAUCAUCAGAGUUAUACAGAGAGAGUCCAUUCCCAUCCACUCCUUCAUCUCCCCUGCUACUGGGGAGUGCCAACAACAGUGUUCCGCCUCGCAGACAGCUAUAUCUGAAAUCACUUACAAGAGUGAGAAAAGUAAUGAUUUCUCGAAUGGCCAAGCCCGAAGAAGUACUCGUGGUUGAGAAUGAUCAAGGAGAAGUCGUGAGGGAAUUCAUGAAAGACACAGAUUCCAUCAACAUGUACAAAAAUAUGAGGGAAACUCUUGUGUACCUGACCCAUUUAGAUUACGCAGACACCGAAACCAUCAUGACAGAUAAGCUUUUACUUCAAGUCAAUGGGCAGGAGUGGUCGUGGAAAAACCUGAACACACUUUGCUGGGCAAUAGGAUCCAUUAGUGGUGCCAUGCAUGAGGAAGACGAGAAACGAUUCCUGGUUCAAGUCAUCAAAGAACUCUUGGGACUGUGCGAACAGAAACGAGGAAAGGACAACAAAGCUAUCAUAGCAUCCAACAUCAUGUAUGUCGUUGGGCAGUAUCCCAGAUUCCUGAGAGCGCAUUGGAAGUUCCUCAAGACUGUUGUGAACAAGCUCUUUGAGUUCAUGCACGAAACCCACGAUGGUGUACAGGACAUGGCCUGUGAUACUUUCAUCAAGAUUGCCCAGAAAUGUCGACGUCAUUUUGUGCAAGUGCAGGUCGGGGAGGUGAUGCCCUUUGUGGACGAGAUCCUCAAUAACAUCAACACAAUCAUCUGUGACUUACAACCACAACAGGUUCAUACAUUCUAUGAAGCAGUUGGCUACAUGAUCAGUGCACAAACUGAAAGCAUCGCCCAGGAACACUUGGUUGAGAAAUACAUGCUAUUACCAAAUCAAGUGUGGGAUAAUGUCAUCCAGGGAGCUACAAAGAAUGUUGACAAGCUUCAGGAGCAUGAUGUUGUCAAACAGCUGGGAAGUAUUCUCAAGACCAAUGUUAGGGCGUGUAAGGCAAUCGGUCAUCCAUUUGUAAUACAGCUUGGAAGGAUAUACCUGGACAUGCUAAAUGUGUACAAGUGUAUGAGUGAGAACAUCUCGGGGGCUAUCCAGCAGAACGGAGUACAAGUGACCAAACAACCCGUCAUCAGAAGUAUGAGAACGGUCAAGAAGGAAACUCUCAAGCUCAUCUCUGGAUGGGUCAGUCGGUCCAAUGACCCACAAAUGGUCUGUGAAAACUUCAUCCCUCCAUUACUGGAAACGGUCUUAGUUGAUUAUGGAAAUAAUGUUCCAGACUCACGAGAACCUGAAGUACUCAGUACCAUGGCAACUAUUGUAAACAAGCUAGAGGGAAGCAUCACAGGGGAGAUUCCUACAAUCUUCAACGCCGUCUUUGAGUGUACAUUAGAGAUGAUCAACAAAGAUUUUGAAGAGUUUCCUGAGCACAGAACAAACUUCUUCCUUCUCCUUCAAGCCGUCAACAAUCAUUGUUUUACCGCUCUUCUCAAAAUCUCAGCCGUCCAAUUCAAGCUUGUCCUUAACUCCAUCGUAUGGGCUGUCAAGCACACGAUGAGGAAUGUCGCGGACACAGGGUUAUCAAUAUUGUAUGGAUUGCUGCAGAACGUAUGGCAAGAUCCGACCGUAGCACAGAGCUUCUAUCAGACAUACUACACAGACAUCUUACAACAUGUGCUCUCGGUAGUCACAGAUACAUCGCACACCGCAGGUCUAACCCAGCAUGCUACCAUCCUGGCAUACAUGUUCAGCAUUGUGGAAAACUCUAAGAUCACCAAACCUCUGAGUGCCACGCAAGGAGAGAGAAGCAAUGAGCUCUACAUCAAAGACUUCACUGCCGGCCUCCUCAAGGCUGCCUUCCCCCACUUACAAGCGCCUCAGAUCAAGUUGUUUGUGACUGGACUGUUCAGCUUGAACCAAGACAUACCAGCAUUCAAGGAACAUCUGAGGGAUUUCUUGGUACAAAUCAAGGAGGUAGCUGGGGAUGAUACAACUGACCUAUUCUUGGAAGAGAGAGAAGCCGAUCUGAGGCAUGCAGAGGAAGAAAAGAGGAAGAUUCAACUAUCUGUACCAGGUAUUAUCAAUCCUCAUGACAUGCCAGAAGAGAUGCAGGACUAGAUCAUGGCCUCCACUCAGAGAUGAAUUAAGAAGUGUCCUUUGCAAUCUCAAUAUUCACUGAUCUUGAUUAUCAACUUUUGCUGCAAUACCAAGUCGUUCAAGCCAGAUGCAGUCGGUUAUUACAGAUUAGAUUAGAUGUACCCCCCAAAAUGUUUUUGAACUGUGUUACGUAGUCACUAUUUAAUCUUUGCGUCAUCAGAUACAGUGAAACAGAACCAACUAAAAUCCUUUAGUCCAGUCAUUGAAUGGCAGUUGUUGACUGUGUUACAAUGUGACCUAAGACUUGAAGUAGCCAUCGAGGAGGUAGCUUGGAAAAGUUGUCAACAAUAAAGUCAGAAUCGUCUUCAAUUUUGAUUUUUAAUCAAGUAGAUGGUUUGGUUUUGAUUGAUGGCUUAGACAACAUUCAGGAAUUUCAUUGAUACACAUCUCCUCAUUUGUAAAGGUAUUAAAUCCACUCUGAAAGACUUGAUUGAUGUUGUUAGUUACCAAGAUCAAAUCAAACCCAUUUAUUUGCAUAGUUCUCUCAGACUGAUCGUAAGCGAUCAUUGUUUUAUGUUGUAGUUUACCUUUGGGCGCUUCACAUAUUAUUCCCUUAUUACACCACUUAAUGAAUCAUGCAUUUUUUGUGAUUUAUAUUAAUGAGUCGGGUCACCACAAUCUGAAAUAGAGUUGUGUCUGUUUAAUAAAACAUAUAAAGAGUUGGACACUGUUUCUCUGGUCAAAGUUUAUAUUCUAAUAUUGCAUAUAUGUGUUAAGAAAUGUAUUCAUAUGAUUUCUGCUGAUGGGAACUCUGCAGUUCAUCAGCAGAGUUUAUGUUCUUGUACCUUUUUUGAACUCUGUAUAAAAAGUAUUUCAAAUUCUGAUUGUGCCAUGAUAGCUAACCAAUGCCAUUUAGGUAUGGCUUGAGUUUGUACUAAGCAGUAUUGGUAAUGAACUUUCCCCAAAUCAAGGUUUAAUUGCUCUGAUUACUCUUGAGUUUAAGUACUUUGAUUUCUAUUUGGUAUAUAUUUUUCCAUGACAGCAUAAGUAGCAAAGAAGUAUUUUUGUUUCUAAAUGGUAGAUUCCAAUAUGCCUCAUUUAAUAUCACAAGUCUUUUAGUGUAGGCUGAAUUUUCUGUUUUAUAUAAAAAUGUUUUCUUUACAUUACUAUAUCAGAAUGUGUCUUUUUUUAAAAUCUAAAUCUGUAUUUCCAUUAUGUUCAGUUCAUGAAUUCAGAUAUGAACCACAUCCAGAUAUGAUUAAUAAUGGUUGUCUACUCUGUAAUUCGUUUUGAAAUGGGCAUGGCCUUAUCACAUCUUUCCUUACGAACCUUGCGUGGGACUUGCAGGUAACUAUUUUGCUACCCACAAGUCACCCGCAGGUUGCCCGUGUUGACAGUAUCUCGUGCAGUAGCCAGCAGGAGUGUGCUGUAUGUUUUGAACGUGUUCAAUACUUGUGGGGGAUGAUUCCCCCCCCUCACUCACUUGCAAGGCUUGCAUGGAGUGAUGUGAAGAAGGCCUAAAGAUGUACACUUGGAACUUUUGGGUGAUUGCACCAUUUUCAUAUAAUGCAGAGAGUAUGACAAAGUUUGGAAGACACUCAUUAUUUCAUCUUGGACAAUUCAAUCAAACCUAGUAUUGCCUGGUUAGAUAUUAGAAGAAAUAAUAUCCUCUAUAUUCCCACAGGAACCUUUUGUAGCAUUCAGCACAGGGACAAAUGGAAUUUCUUUCCUUGCUUCUGAAGUACUUUAGUCUUUAGUUUUCCUUUUUGUGUAUUAUUUUUUUACAUUUUCAAGUCAUUCCCAUCAUUGAAAUUGUGCUGUGUGCUAGCUGAUACUGAUUUCGUUCACGUUUAAAAAUAUUUGUUUACAAAUGUUCUUGUUUAAUUCAAGCUUAAUCAGUACUUUGAUUUUUGGUACUUGAAGGUUCAAUCUACAGUUCUCCAAACCAUUUAAUUACACAACAAUAGCCACAUUUCUCAAGAUGAGCUAAUUUCAGCCAUGCCACUGUUUGAUUACUUUACUUCAAUUUGUAUUGUUUUUGUAUUUUUAUAUUAAGUUAAGUUACUGUUAUUCUUUGUUCAUAUUUUCCACAUUUAUGUAGGUGUGUAUGUAUUGAACUGAAAAUUAUUGAUGAUUUUCUUCAUCAUCGUGUACAUAGACCUAAUGUUGUAAGAUACAUGUUGAUUGCUAAAUACUAUCACCAUGUGAUAGCCAACUGCAUUCAUGAGGUGCUGCAUUUGUAAAAUACAGUGGUCAAGCAUGCAUAUUUUCAUCAACUUUUUUUUUCUAAAUUGGAAAAUUUUCCAGUCUGUAUAUCAGAAUUAUCAAUGCUUCUCAGAAGAUUCUGGCAAUUCCUGAUUUGAAGCAUUGGAUUGGUGUGUUGAACUGUUAAAACAUUGUUAGAUGAAAAAAGACAGUAAGACAUUAUACGUAAGUGUAUGUAAAUAUUAUAUUUUGCUAUCGUGUUCUUCAUUUCAAACCUUAUGUUUCUAAAAGAAAGAAGAAAACUGUUUUCAAUAUAAUUAAAUGUGCUCCAAAUUACAUGUACUGACAUUCUCUAAAAAUUGUGAUAUUCUGGGUUUAUAUCUUUAUGUAGAGAAUGCAUGUAGCCGUUAGAUACAGUGACUUAGGACAGAGUAGU